AUGCUAGGCAAAGAAAAAAUUCUCCAUAGAUGUAGCAUUUGCAAUCGAGGCUUCCUCAACAAGAGCAACAUCAAAGUGCAUUUGCGUACGCACACUGGCGAAAAGCCUUUCAGGUGCGACACCUGCGCGAAGGCUUUCAGGCAGAAAGCACACCUCAUCAAGCACCAAGGGAUUCACAGCAAAGAAAAACCUGUCCACCGAUGCAGCAUAUGCAAUCGAGGUUUCCUCAACAAGAGCAACAUCAAGGUCCACCUACGCACGCAUACGGGCGAGAAGCCUUUCAGGUGUGACACGUGCGCGAAGGCUUUCAGGCAGAAAGCGCACCUACUCAAACACCAGCAGAUUCACAAGAGGAUAGGACGCGAAUGA